CCUGAGAGGGAAGUAAAGAACUGGUGGGGGGACCAUGGAAACAAAACACAGGAAACUUUCAGAUUCAGAUCAGACACCAGGCUCAGAGCAUGGAGCUCCCCUCAUUUUCCUGUAUCUGUGAGCUGUGCGACUGUGGGCGUCACAAACAUCACAAAAACUGCACAAGAAAGCAAGGUGUUCAGCGCAGAGAGAUAAAGAGUGACUGUUUCAUCUCCCACUACAAGGCAACCUUCAAGGCACCAAGGAAUGCUGCAGCCCGGAGCAGUAAGAGACCACCUCGAACUCCAGCAUAUGCCAACUUACCUCCAAUGAAUUUGGUCACUACUCAGCAAGCUGAAUUCAUACCACGGCAACUUGAGGGAAGGGCAAAGCCAUUUGUUCCUCCAGAAGGAUAUUACCAGAGCCCUGAGGAACCUCUGUUGAGUAAAACUCUCUACAGUCUACACUAUACUCCAAAAGAAGCAGAGAGGACUAUGGGCACUCGGCCUACUGACAAUCUACAUGCUUUGCCCCCAUCUAGUACUAACCACACCACCACAACUAAAACUGAGUACAAAGAGUGGAAGGCAGAGCGCCAGACUCAGUUUGGGGAGCUACCAGAUCUCGCAGGGUCUCUGCUCUUUCCUGGUGAUACAAAUGAGAUGAAAACGACAACCCAAGACCAUUAUGUUGAAAAGAGGACAAGGAGAGUGAACCCAGUAAAAGCAGCUCAGUGCCAUCUAGUCAUGGAAGGUGAACAUCAUAUGGAAACUACCCAUCAGUCCACAUUUCAUCCUCUGCCAAUGGAGAAAGGAACAGUAGCUAAGAAUCCUUUACCACAGAAAGUCACCAAACGACCACAAAUGGAAGUAAUGACCAAAUAUCAGAGCGACUUCCCAACACCGCAUUGCCUGCCACAACAAGCCAGAGCAGCCUUGCCGCCCCCUGACAACCUCACUGUAAAUCCCUACCUUAGAAAUGACUUUAAGACAGUUCAGAGAGAGACAUUCCCUGGAUGGAACCCUCUGCGGCACCCAAGGCCAGAGCCAGCCCAGCUAAAGGAGGAGCUUACUGCUAUGGACCGGGAGAGAGGAGGGCAAGUGGAUGGGAAUACAGUAACCAAGCUUGCAUUUUCCACACCAGUAUGGCUGCCACGAGAGCCAAUUCAACGACCACGUUCUGUUCUUAAACCUAUAAAUGCCAAAUUUGAUGGUUCUACACACAACAAGACUGUGUACAAGAACUGGGUGGUGCAACCACACUUGCGGCAUGGAGACCCUCGAGAUGGCAUCUCAAUGAGACCUAAGGUUAAGCUGGAAAGUGAAACAACAUCUGGAAGCACAUUUGUGCCCAAAAAAGGAGAAAUGGUCCAAAUCUGCAAACCUAAGAAGGACAAUUUAGAGUUAACAGGCGAAAGUAACUUCAACACUGUUCACAGAGAAACCUACAGGAUACCCCAAUUUCCUCAGUGCCGACUGCAGAUUUACCUCCAACAACAAAAGGUAGAUACAUCUAUAGAGGGCAAGGAGAACCCAUAGAGGAGACACAGGGGAAGGUUCUGCAUAUUGUACACUGGCAUCAUCCACAUCGGCAUAGUAACCGCUACAAAGAAGUAUAAAGAAGCCUCCAUUGUCCCCUUCCUGCUUCUUCCACACGGAGUCUAUUACAAAAUGUGUCCCUGUUUGUAAACCUGACAUAGAGAUGCAGAGUAGCACAGCAGAGUUCUCAGGCAACAUUUCUGGCACAUGUGCAAUUGGAAUUGGAAUUAGUCUGGGAGUAGCCCCAACUGUUCAUGCACCAGAAAGCUCUGUCCAUCAGCAAAGUGAAAAGAGAGGAUCCAAAGAUACAGAAGAUGGGGCCUGUGAACUCCGCUGCGCUACGUUGCAUCUCUAUGUCAGGUUUACAAACAAAGAAACCUUGCCAUUCAAGCGUGAAGGCACACAGAGCUACUAUACUGAUCAUUUGCCGAUAGUUGUCUCUGUGUGUUUUAGUGGAGGCAAUUCUCAGUAUUGUCUAUGGCAGAGUAUAUAACUUGUCUAUGGCAGAGGAUAUAACUGGUCAACUGCUCUGAUAAAAAAAUCUUUGUUGGAAACACUGCACUAUUAUGUUUACUGUGUUAAUGUGCCCACAGUCUUUGUUACACCCAAUAAAAUAACAUGUGGAGAUACAUAAGGCAAGGUAUAAUAUUUAAUAACAAUAGUAAAACCAGUUUUUAUUUUAGUGUAUAAACACCUCUUGGGAAUAUCUGAAAUCAUUAAACGUAAAAGUAAUACUAAUUCAGUAUAAUCACCAAUAUGACAAUUGCCUCAAAUGUAUAAAAAUUAAGAACUUUUAAAGUAAGCAGAUUUAUAAAUGUACACCUCAGAAAUCAGAAAUGGUUUUGCCAUUCAGGAGAAAGUAAUACAAGAUACAAAUGUAACUUAUGCUAUGUAAUGCGUUUAGUCUGUUCUUUCUCUAUAGUGAGAUUCUGGGUCUUCUUUAGGCAAGUGGCCACCAGAAGCUUCCCAGAAUUCAAUUGCUAUGGUACUCCCUCCAUUCCUUAUUCAAAAAAUUGGAAAAAGGCAAGACAGGAUGACUGGAAUUAGGCAACCUUUAAAGUUUAUGAUGAUCUAAUCUCAUCCAAACACAGACUAAUACAAUUCUAAAUACUGUAUUUUUUUACCUGAGUGACUGGCCAGAGAGGGGCCAGAAAUGCAGAGAGAACUGCCUGAGAUACCAGGAACCUAAGGCCCCAUUCAUACAUGUAAUUUGGUAAUACCACAGUAUCCAACAUUACUGGAGGGAAAUUGUACAAGAGCUCAACUCUAAAUUCAGUUUCCAUUAGAUCUCAUCUCCACAGAUGUGUGCCUAAUAGGAAAAUCACAUUAUAUCAUCACUCAAGAAUCAUGUUUAGAGCUUUCCUAUUCCAUGAAAUGAAGAACGUUUAAAAAAAAGUUACAAAAUGGUUAUGUACCACAAACCCAAGUAACUAGCCACUAGUGCCAUCUUUAAUCCCACAUCUCUCUCUGUCUGACAAACAUGAGAUCCAUACCUAAAGACCACAACACAAACUCUACAUAAAAAGGGGUUCCCUUGACACCCCUAACAGUACUGACCAAGAGAUGUUAAUGUUUAACUUAUCAAUGCACUGUAACCUGUAGUCAUCUAAAAUGUGGACCACUUUAAUAUAUAACUGCUAUUUACAAUGUCUUAAAGGGUACCUGCCACCCAGAAAUAAAAAGCUGUAUAAUAAAAGUCCUUUACAAGUUAAACAUAAAAACCCAUAUUCUUUCUUUUUAUAAACCGUUAUAAACUCAUUUAGAAAUCUCAGCUGUCAAUCAUACUUUGCCUUCCCCAUCUCGAUGUCCCAGACAUGGAAGCUGGUCAGGCAGUUACUCAUUCAUCAUUCUUCCCCACCCUCCUUACUGUCUAUAACGGUGUAUCCUAUGCAUGGUCAACUUCAUUAGGUCCCCCAUUCUGGCUCAUAAACAAGAUUUUGGGAUGAUGCCAAGUUUGCCUUAUUAAACAUUUUCGAGGUUAAUAGUAAGAUUGUUGCAUUCCCUUAAUCACUUAGGUUUCCUUUUCCUCCUCGGCAGCUAACUCUUUGGCUCUUGGCUAUGUGAUCAUGCUCAGUUCUCAACUCAAAGUUAUUAAACGCACCCUCCAGACUAGCAGGCAAUGCUAGUUUCCAUAGAAACGGCUAUAGCUGUGCACCCUGCUAGAUAAACAUGUUUUUUUCUUUAAUCCAAGCAGGACUUUUUAUCAGAGUAAGUUCUGCCAGUGUAAGCCUGCAUUCUUAAUUGCAUAAACUUUACAGCGCACAUUGUUUGCAGAUGUAAAUGUUACUGAUGAUGUUAGGUGGAAAAAGGCCACCAGGUGAAAGCUAUUUGUUUUAGGGAAAUGUGAUGGUGCUGGCAAACGGAGGGAAUAUAUGCAGUACAAAUAAUGUGGUGUGGGUGGGGGAGAUGUGCCUCACCGUCUGUUACCAAAUAAUGACAG